AUGCUGCGAAUUCCCUCACCUCAACAGCAGCACCUCAAUACAAGAGAUUCCAUUACUUUAUUUAUCAUUACAAUGGCUUCGAUUAUUUCAAGAUUUUGGAUGCUUGGACAUCCUGCUGAAAUUGUUUUUGACGAAGUUUACUUUGGAAAUUUCACAAAUUUUUACAUAAAGGAGACAUUUUUCUUCGAUAUUCAUCCGCCAUUUGGUAAAAUGCUAAUGGCUUUCAUAGCGUAUUUAGCUGAAUAUGACGGAUCCAUUGAUUUUAAUGCGGAAUACAGUUAUCAUUAUCAAUCUGAAGAUUAUCUUAUCUUAAGAUCUAUACCUGCCUUCUUUGGAGGGCUAUGUCCUCCAUUAAUCUAUCUCACGGCUAGAUUUGGAGGAUUUAAUUUCUCUGCUAGCCUAGUUUCUGCAGUAUAUGUCAUGCUUGACACGAUAUCAUUAACACAGCACAGAUUUAUUCUAAGUGAUGCAAUAUUACACUUCUUUUCUUGUUUAUUUCUCGCGAUUUAUUCUUAUACUCUUACAUUGCCAGAAUAUUCCACGAAAUGGAUAAUCAUGGAGAUUGUCUCUGGACUAGCUCUCGGAGCAUGUGGUUCUUGCAAAGAUACUGCAUGGGGUUUCAUGGGAUAUUCGGGAAUCAUCGAAAUCUUACGCGUGUUGGGAAUCCAUAAGAAAUUCGAUUACUCCGCCAUACGAGAUAUAUUAUACAGAGGAUUGCUUCUUGCAAUUCCAUGUUUUUUCUUUAUAAUUCUUUCAUUUGCAAUUCAUGUUAUUGUUUUACCUCUUUUUGGUCCAGGCAUCAUCUUCGUUGACUUCGAUUUCAAGUUUACCUUGCUAGACAACUAUAUCAUGGACGCACAACUCAGAACAAAAAGAAUUGCGUCUCCUAUGUUGUUGAGAAGAGCUGUUCGAGUUUUUUACGACCAAAAUCGAGCAAAUAAUUACAUUAAAUCAUUCCACUCGUCCCAGAGUCGUCCGUUUAACUGGCCAUUAUUAACAGGACAUGCUGUUGACUUCUGGUUUUCAAAAGGACAAAUAUCUGUCCUUGGAAAUCCAAUUGUUAAUUAUUUGACAUUUUUGUCACUUUUUGUAACAAUUUUUUCAGUUGGAAAAGAAAAGUAUUAUCUUUGUUUGAGAUAUGUUAUAGGAUGGAUGACAUGUUAUUUUCCAUUUUAUCUUGUUCCUCGCACAUUAUAUUUGUAUCAUUAUGUUCUUCCUCUUUAUGUCGGAUGCUUGAAUUUGGGGUGUUGCUUGGAAUUAAUUUUCCCGAAAUAUUAUCAAGGAUACGCCGCUGCUGUUAUAAUAUUUGUAGGAGUUAUUUUCUUUUAUCACUUCUGUGCAUUUUCUUACGGUUUUACUGACAUGAAUUACAAAUAUCUCAUAUUAAACAAAGCUUGGGAAGAAGGAGAUAGCUACUACAAGUCAGCAAGAGAUUCAUAUAGAAAUUAA